AUGCCUUCCUCUCCAACAGCUACUUUGUCCGAAAAAUUAGAGACCUUUAAUUUUAAUUACAAGCAUAAAAAUCAUUCUUCUUCUUCUUCAAAUACAAUAGAAAAUAGCGGGAGUAGUAAUCGUAGUAACGCUACAGAUAGUCGUAGUACCCGAUCUUCUUCCUCCAAAAGCUCUUCAGAGUCUGUUACAGAAAAUUUCAUCAUCAAUCCUUUAGCUAUACAAGCCAUUAAUAGUUUAAAUGGACAUUCGUCUUCUACAGUGCACAAAAAUAAAUCAACACGUUCAGCCAAAAAAUUAGACCAGUUUUUUGUAAAACAUCAGCAAUCGACAAAGGAAAUACUAUGUUUAGAAGAAAUUAAAAAAAGAGGUUUAAAAGCCAUAUUAGAAUCAAAAGCACCUUUGUGUUAUUUUUUGUACCAUUCUUUAGAAGAAUACAACAGUGAGAAUUUGUUUUUCUACUUAGAAUUACGACAGUAUGAAUUGUUUACUUACUCUUCUUUGGGUCAACAAACGGCUACAGCAAAACAUAUAUUCGAUACAUAUUUGACAAAUAACAGCUUCUUAGAAGUGAAUUUGGACGACGAUAUUCGCGUUACCAUAUUUAAAUUGAUCGAAAAGCGACAGCCAACUCUUUGCUUUGAUACUGCGAAGGGUGCCAUUUUUAAUUUGUUAGAGUCAAGUUACAUGCGAUUUCAGAAUACAGAAACAUUUCAAGAAAUGCUACAUUAUUGCUGCUGUGGUAAAAUUAGUUCGUAA